AUGCAACAUAUCCAACGUACAGUGAAGAAAAAAGUUUGUCAAAAUCGCGAUGACGAAUGGGGAGAUGAAGUUCGCGUACGUGUUAUGGGAGCAACGAGUGAUCUGCAUGCAGCUGGUGGACGGUACCUACUAUCUCUCAUGCUAUACAAAAUUAAUGGAUUCAUGGCCGCUCGAAAUGUUGAGAGCGCACAUAGCAAAGGGGCCUUUAGUAUUUCAAGUGAAGAGGAUGAAGGUUUUACGGUUAUCUCCACUAUGAACAGUAAUCGUAGUCGUAUGUGGAAUUUUGUAGAACUGUAUGCUUCCUACAUAAGCAAUGGUGGUAUAAGAGGCCGUAGAAUUUUAAUUUCAGAUCUUUUAAACUAUUUUGGUAAUGAUGUUGUGGUUCUUAGCUCAUCAGGAAUAGCUAGUAUCAUUUGCUUCCGUAAAGAAACAGCACACAUUCUUAAUUUCAAAAAUUCUGAGGAUGAUGACUUUAACAUGUUCAGAAUUGCUUCUAAAAUUAAAUCCGGGAACUGA